AUGACGCUGAUUCAUCUGUUCAAGUGUGACGAGGCCAAACCCGCCUGUGGCAACUGUAUCAAGCAUAGUGUGGAUUGUGAUUUUCUCAGUCUCGACAGUCCCAGGUCAAAGCUGUCCCCUGGCCCUUCUCAGGCGUUGGACAUGUCAAGCUUGGAGUUGUUGCACAAUUUUACAACGAGGACAUAUGUGACCCUCUCCGAAAGCCUCAUUCUACGAGACUUUUACCGGUUCAGUGCCGUGCAGCGUGGCCUACAAUGCGAGUACAUCAUGAGGACUUUGUUGGCGAUAUCGGCAUUGCAUCUCGCGCAUCACAAUGUCGAAAGGCGGGAUCAUUACCAAUCGCUGGGGAUGGCGCAACACCAGAUUGCCACAAGAGAUGCCAUGGCACUCAUAACAGACCCAAGUCCCGAAACUGCAGAGUCACUUUUUCUCUUUUCAACCCUCACCAUUUACUUUGCCCUGGCGUGUCCACGAAAAGAUGAUGGUCCACUGUUUAUUGAAGAAAGCGGAUUUCCCGAGUGGAUGUUCUUGCUCCAGGGUACGCGGGCAUUCAUGAGCAUUGCGGGGGAUCAAAGCAAUCGCCUCAUGGCGCCUCUUUUGAACCAUGGUGCCGAUCGUUGGUUCGCGCGACAGGCUGGUCCAGAUUCUUCCCUAGACGUUGCGAAUCGGCACUUGACUGGCAUGCGCUCCAUGAUUGAGCUCCGCCAGUCGGACGCAAAGCUGCGCAACAUUUACGUUCGGGCAAUCGACGAGCUGCAAAAGUCAUUCUCCAUUCUCGAUCGAAUAGGAUGUGAGCCGUGUGAUCUGACUGACGCAUUCGUGUGGAUCUUUGAGGUUGCCGAGGACCUGCUCCCUUUGUUGAGAGUGCCAACGCAGGAGGCUGUGGCGAUAUUUGCCUUUUUUGCCGUAUUACUGAAACGAAUGGAAAAGCACUGGUAUCUUCACGGAUGGGCAGACCAUUUGAUUGCCAAAUCAUACCAUUUAUUAGAUGAGGAGCACAGGCUCUGGAUACAAUGGCCGUUGCAGGAGACGGGUUGGAUACCUUAG